AUGUCACUCCACAAAACCUGCGAACAACUUCAGAUUAUUCGGAAGAUUGGCGCCACUGAUCUCGUGGCCGACGCCCGUAAUAGCUCCGGACGGCGGAUCCCCAAUAAGAUCCGACUUGAUGACCAUAUUGGUGAAAAAGAUGGACGGCUGGUGUGGGGAGGACAGAACUUCACACACUCUGCGGGACAGGUCUCCCUAGAACAGACCGAGCGUGGGGCCAUAAUGUGUGCCGAGAUGAAUAAAGACGGUGGGUCGGCAAAUCGUCAGGAGCUGAACCUUUCUGAAAAGAUUGUCAACUUUGAUGGUCAACUGAAGGUCGUUUGA